GGACUGUGUUUGGCCGUUGUAAAAAGACCGGAAGAUGAGCCACUCCGUCCAAUCCAAAACUGCCAAAAAGUGUCCAAGAGUUGAUCGAGAAUCGAGAAUUCCUCUUGGUCAAGGAAGUAUGGCAGUGAAGUGGCAACAAAUAUCCAAUACCGAGCAACUCCUCUACUAGCUAGCUAGUAACUGCCCAUUUGCUCUUCCUCUUCACUCAGUUUUUGGCAAGCCAGCAACCGCACAGCCUGCCUUACCCUCUCCAUCAGUCCAUCAAUCAAUCCAUCAAUCAGUACAUCAAUCAAUCAAUCAUGGAGGACAGCAGCAGUAAUGUGUUUUCAAUGAUGUUUGAUGUCUUUCCAACCGAUCAUUCGAUCCAGAAUCUGCUCAUGCCUCGUUGGGUCUUUCUUGUCAUGGGCCAAAAGUUCCGCACGGAUGAUCCAGAGUCUCUGUUUCACACGUUGUUGGUCUCGUUGGUCAGCUUUAGUGUCUUUGUGCGAAUUGCCAAGUAUCAGUUGGAACUCCUUCAGAAAUUUGGCAAUACUACUACUGCUAGUAGCACUGACAAUACCAAGAGAAGAAGAAGCGGUUCGAUGAAUGACAGUAUGAGCUCUAUGCAGAGUACUAGCUGUGGUAGCACGUGCACUACCAGCAGUGCCGACGAGGAAGACGACACCAGCGACGAUUCUCACAACCAAGAAAGCAGCAGCGACAAUAACCCACAACGAAAAUCCUUUUCGACUACAAUAAUAAAGAACCCCGCCGUCUUUUUGUGGACCACGCUUAUUACGGGUCUAUACAGCAACAACAACAGUAACGACACCACUACAAAGGUGUCUCCGGUUCGACUGCGAUUGCGCUAUAUGCAGGUCAAAUUCUUGACGGUCUUUUGGUUGUUGCGCAUGUCCUUUUGGAUGAGUGGACCCUACUUUUAUGCCGCGUAUGCAUCCAAACGCUUACCGACUGGCGAACCGCUGACCCCGUCGACCAUUUCCCAAAUUUCCUUGGCGGGAUUUGCCGCCGUCGCGCUGGUCGGACCGUUUUUGGGCAAAGUUUCGGAUCGACACGGUCGGAAAUUGGGGACAUUGCUGGCGGCCUUUUUAUACGGCAUUGGGGCUUGGUCCACUACCGUCGAUGGCAUGCUCUGGAUUUUGUUUGUCGGACGGGCCGUCGGAGGCGUCGCCACCAGUCUCCUCAGUGCGUCGCCCGAAGCCUGGCUCGUCAGUGAAUUCAAAAAGCAACAACAAGCUGUCAUUGAUGGAUCGCACAAUAAUACAAAUACGCACAAGGAUAAAGAAGACGACUUUGACAGCGAGAUUGACGAUCUCGAUGCCGUUUCGGAUCCUUCUUGGAUUCGCGAGACGUUUGGCAUGGCAUAUGCAUACGACUCGGUGGUGGCCAUGUUGGCAGGGCAAGUGGCGGGGCGAGUGGCCAGUCAUCGAGGACCCACGGGACCCUUUCAGGUAUCGCCCUUCUUUUUGCUACUGGGAGCAUUGGUGACCGCCUUUUUGUGGGAAGAAAACACGGCAACAAGUACUCCUCGAAGUAGUACUAGCAAUAGCAAUAGUACUGCGGAUGACAAUAAAAAGCCAACCAUUUGGGAUGCCGUGUGGGUCAUUCAAAGUGAUGUCCGAAUCAUGUUAUUGGGAGGAGUACAGUCACUCUUUGAGGGAGCCAUGUAUGUGUUUGUCAUGCAAUGGCCACCCACCAUGAACCACGCCAUUCAACGAUCGUUUGGAGCCGAUGCCAUUACGCCCUACGGGACGGUCUUUUCCUGUUUCAUGGCCUGUUGCAUGGUCGGGAGUACCCUCUUUGGUAUGCUGUCCAAACGACCCAGUCAAGUCAAACGAAACUCCACAUCGUUGGAAUUAUCCACUAUUGGAAUGUUGGCACUGGCAUCGCUUUCCUUAUUGCUGGGGACCUUUGCCGUUCGCUCUUCUUCUUCUGCAAAUAACAACAACAACAACUAUGCACAAGGCGAACCAAACGAGAACAAUGGUACUGGUGGAGAAUCUGUACGACUCUUGCGAUUGAUUGUUUCCUACUUUGUCUUUGAAGCCUGUGUGGGAAUCUACUUUCCUACCAUUGGAACCUUACGCAGCAAGUAUCUACCAGACUCGCAUCGGUCACUCAUCAUGACACUCUUUGGAGUGCCCUUGAAUAUCAUUGUCGUGACCGUCUUUUUGUUGGUCCCAAAACUGGGACAUGUGGGAGCCUUGGCAGUGGCAUCGAUCGCCGUGGGAUUGGCAUGCGCCUGCAUGGUAGGCCUGUACGUGGUCGAGACACGACGAAAGAAAGAAUUACGACAACGAUUCAAAAAGAUUAUUCGCAAAGUCCAACGAAGAAUGUCCUUUUCCAAAAUCCAGGAGGAACCGGAAAUUGCAUGGCGACGGGGAGUGGUGUAUGGUCCGCAGUUGUGGUAGGAAGAUUUUCCACAUCCAUGCGCUUUCUAUUACAAUCAUCUGCAUUGCUUCGCGGCAUUGAAAGAGCACACAUCAUUGCAUUCCGGAGGUUGACUCUGGUGCACACAAAAAAUUGCAGAGAAGGUCUGAACAACGAUUGCACGACGUCUUGUUUGGCCGGGAGGAACACAAAGCGACGGGAGCAUUGCCACUACCGGUACACGAGGAAAUAUGAAGGAUCCGCCGUCAAGCUAUUGCGACGAGAACGGGACAUAUUUAUGCCAUAAAAAAGACCUACUAGGUAGGUAUCCCUGCACCAUGCUCGAGCAGUCUGUCAACAGGCUAGAAUAGAAUAUUCUCCUAGUCCUAAACUCAAGGUUCCAAUACUUUUCAUUGGUCUAAUUAAUGUUGCCAUACAGUAGUUCAGUUUCGAUCUUGCUUGUGGCUGCGCCCAGGCUUUCUUUUUGGCAAAAGGACGAGUGUCAAGGAUUAACUUCGGGGCAUUUCUAUGAUAGUCAUGUCAUAUAUAGAUACCAAUGCUGGCCAGCUGAAGUUGAGUUGUGGUGCACCCGGUCCACGAUCCUAUCGUGUUUGAGUGGCUUCACAGAUUCUUUCCAACAGCCCAAUGCUGCUCCAAUUCUUUCGGAGCACCGAGGCGACAGAAGUCGUGGCUCAUCCUUCAAUUCCCUUCCAGGCUCUUACCACAAGGCCAGUGCCUGUCAGUUCCUUGCUGAGUGAGAAACCUUUUGCCCCUAUAGACUCAGGAAGAUUGCAUAGCAUACCGGUAGCCCGUGGGUCCAUCGCAUUGGUGCCGAGCACGAAAUGUGUCAAUAGUCUUCGAAUACCGCGUGAGUCCGUGUCGAAGCACG